CCCAACGCCUCUGACACCAUUCCUCUCCGAAUACCUGCUCGCGUCGCUCCGCGUUCCGCAGUCUCCAAUCGUUCGCUCGUCGCCGAUGCAGUCGCUCUCGUCGCUGACCAGUCCCGUCUGUCCGAAUGUCGCACGAAGGUCCACUGGGUGGUCCACUAAACCACUGAACGCGAUCAUUUCUGACGCUAUUCCCGCUGCCAGGAGCUCUGGCAGCAGCAUCACCGGCGGCGGCGGCGGCGGCGUCGCUUGUAGAUCAGAUCGACUCGCGGAAUAUUCGCUAGCCGCCGUAAGUAACAAGAGGCGAAUCCCAGGCAGAUUCCCUCGUGCACUCAUUGGUCGGAUCCGGGCGGGAAUCGCGGAAAACGCAGAGGCCGCAGUAAGCGCACGAGUAGCGCGGAGCGCGGGAGAGGGAAAGGGUGACGAGGGGAGCGAAUGGGGGAGCAGUCGCGGGGAUAGCAGCAACAGCGGGGGCAGCAGGAGCGGCGAUGGCGGCGGCAAUGGCGGUGGUGGCAGCGGCAGCAGCAGCAGAACCGCCAGCAGCAGCAGAAGCGGAAGCAGCAGCAACAGAAAUAGCAAUCGCAGAAGGAGGCAGAAGCCGCCUCAUCACAGUGACGUCAGCGUGCCGCCCAGCAAUGAUGACCUGGGCAGCUGGGCGGCGCUGGAUGGCAAGCGGCUGAUGAACGUCCUAUCGUAUCGCGCCACGUUGGCAGAGCUGCUGGCCGUGGUGAAAGCGCACAGGGAGAGGGGGGAGGCGCGGGAGGGAGGGAGUGAGGAAGUGAGUGAGGGAGGUGGUGGGGGGGAGGAUAGAGGAGGGGAGGGUAUAGGGGGGGAGGGUAGAGUGGGGGAGGGCAAAGGGGGACUGGAGAGAGGGACUGAGGGUAGUCUAUCUCCUGAGCGAUCUAAGGGCAAGAAUGAGCGCAAAGCAAGCACCGGUCUUUCCCCCGUACACAUCUGCACCGCAUUCCACCGCAUUGCUAAGCACGCCAAGCGCAUGGGCGGUGGGCGGCGUUUUGUGGAUCAACUCAGACAAGACGAAACAGUCCGGUGGCUCGGACGGCAGGUGGAGGCCCUGGCUAAGGGCGGCAGACUCAAGGGUCAAGCGCUGGCUAACGUGGCAUGGGCGCAGGCAGAGCUGGCACACGGUCCCCCAACCCUGCUGAACACCGUCAUGGCAGCAUCUCUGGUGCAAGUCAAGUCCUUCCAGCCGCUAGAGGUGGCCAUCCUGAUGCAUGCGCUGGGCUCCACCGCUGGCCUUCCAUCAGUGAAUCCAAGCCUGGCGCGGGAUCUGGUAGGGCGGCUGACGUGGCAGCACGUGAUUGGCUCGCUGCACUGCUACCAGCCACGCCACGUCAAGGAGAUAUUAUGGGCGCAUGCGCGAGUGGGGCUGCACUCCCACCUGCUAUUCAGCGAGGCGGCAAAGCUUGUCCUUACUGACAUGAGCAGCUACAGUGCUCCGCAGCUAGCUAUCAUUGCAUGGUCCUUUGCCAAGCUGCACCACUCAGAUGACGCCUUCUUCCCAGCCCUGGCCGGCUGGGCUGAGAGCAACGUGUCAGCCUUUGAGUCUCAAGACAUUUCCAACAUGCUCUGGGCGUUCGCUCGGCUCAACGUGGAUGCUCCCGCCCUGUUUUCGCUGUUUGUGCCGCGGGUGGUUGGCUCGAUACAAGAACACUCCACACAGUCGCUCUCCAACAUUGCAUGGGCGUAUGCCACAGCGGGCUACCGCAGCCAGCAGCUGCUGGUGGCAGUGGGAGAGGAGACCACGAGACGGAUCGUGGGCGGCACACUGGAGAGGGACGCCAUGACAGGGCAGGCCAUUGCUAAUAUUGCAUGGAGGAUUGGUAGAAGGAGGAUCAGUAGGAGUGGGAGGAGGAGGAGGAGGAGGAGGAGGAGGAGGAGGAGGAGGAGGAGGAGGAGGAGGAGGAGGAGGAGGAGGAGGAGGAGGAGGAGGAGGAGGAGGAGGAGGAGGAGGAGGAGGAGGAGGAGGAGGAGGAGGAGGAGGAGGAGGAGGAGGAGGAGGAGGAGGAGGAUGAUUUCCUAUCCUACCUCAAUAUUGGCAUUAGCAACGCAGAGUCAUUACGACAUUCCCUUUUUCUCUGCCGCCACCGCUCACGCCACCCGCUACAUGCCAAAAUACGCCGGCCGCACCAUUGCCUGCAUGGCGUUCGCCUUUGCUCUGAUUGGACAUGCCGCCCCUCCACUGUUCCGGCGGAUCGAAUCCGAGAUCAUCCGUCGUCUGGCCAGCAGACCAGGCGAGCAGGAGUUUGGCCGCCAAGCGCUGGUCAUGCUGGCAUGGGCGCUCGUGGUGCAUGGGCCCACUGACAAGCCCUCCCCUUCUAACUCUGCUUCUCCCUCCGCGCCUCCUUCUCCCACCGCCACCACCACCAUUUCAACCAUCGUCAACCCCUCCUCCGCCUCCUCCUCCUCCCCCUCUCUCAGUCCAGCCCUCCCUAUCCUCCGCCACCACCUCCUCUCCCUCACCAACGAUCUCACCUCCUCCGAAUUGUGCCAACUGUACCAGGUUGAUCUAGCCACGCAGCUCGAGGCACCGGAGCACAACAAGCAGCUGAUCGAGGCGGGCAUGGACGCAAUGAGGGACGCCGGGGGCAGUGCUUUCAGCAGGAGCAAGAGCGGGGAUGAGAGUGAGGGGAGUGCGAGUGAGGGAGGUGGGAGUGAGGGGAGUGCGAGUGAGGGAGAUGGGGAGCAGGAGGAGGAGGAAGAGGAGAGGGAUGAGUCGUAUUGGUAUCUGCAGCAUCUGUGGCUGUCGGGCUUUGUGCGCCAGCAGGCGAAGGCGUGUUGGGAGGCAGCUCACGAGGAGGAGAAGAUUCAGGUAUCAGGACUCCAGAGGGACAUCAGCACCGCCCUGCACCACAUGCACCUCCCUCACACACUCGAGUACCGUGACGGCGACUACAGCGUCGACAUUGCUAUCUUCCUGCCUCUCACAAAUGGGCAGACCACGGCCGGGGCUUUAAGUGCGCGAGGUGAUUCUUGCAGGAAGGGCGGUGUACUGAAGAUAGCAGUGGAGGCUGACGGCCCGUCGCACUUCACUAUAAGCACGUCAGCGGAGACAGCUGCACAACCUGUGCAGCAGCAGCAGCAGCACGUGCCACUCGGCCCCACUCAACUCAAGGCCAGGCUGCUGCGCUGCCGAGGAUGGCAGGUGGUUCAGAUACCUUUCUUUGAGUGGGAGUGCCUAUCAGACCUCCACCAGAAGCAGACGUAUCUCGCUGCCCGUCUCGGGCCUCUGGCCAUGCAGUUGGCGCUCGUAGCAGCAGAUGCUGACGUGGCAGAUGCAGCCAAACCUGGUGUGGUCGUCUCCAGUGAUACUCACGAGAGUGACUCAAACAGGGAGCAGGCACAGGAGCAGGCAGGUGAAAGAGCAAAAUCUUCUGAUACACCUGAGCUGGAUGGAACAGGGGGAGGUGAGACUGGGGCAGGUGGCAAGGGGACAGGGGGGACUGGGGUAGGUGAGAACGAGGGUGAGAAACUAAGGGAGUCAAAGGAAGGGGUAGAAGGGGAGGAGGGAGUGCAGGUUGGGGAAGGUGGGAAAGGAGGAGAGGGGGAUGAGGUGAAGAGGGAGGGAGAAGGGGCGGAGAAGGCGGAGGAGGCAGAGGAGGAGGCGGAGGAGGGAGAGAGGAGGGUGGGGAGGGAUGUGUUGAAGCGAGCAGAGAUGCUGGGCGCAUGGAAGGCAAGGCAGGGCAAGGGAGGGCUGGGGGCUGACAGGCUGGCGCUCCUGAAAAAGGCUGCGAUCAGGAGAGGUCUGACGCAGAAGUAGAGAUAGCUUAAGUGGGUGGGUACUACAGGGACGUGUUGAUUGAAAAGAGCAGAGCAGAGGUGUUGGGCGCAUGAAAGGCAAGCCAGAGGUGCUGGGAGCUGAAAGACAGCACCGCACUGCAAACCUGCGAACGGCUGAAAUACGGAGAGAUGGAAGCAGAGAUAGCUUGGGUUGGGUUGGGUUGGGUGGGUGGGCAGGUAUGAGCACGGCAACGGUGAUGCGUGUGAUGGUCACGCUGUGCAUGGGGACAACAAACGCGGUUCAGACAGUCUAGUUUUGAGGCGCCUCAAAACUAGACUCCUAUCCUAUCACGCUUUGCAUGGGGAUAACAAACACGAUUUAGACAAUCCAAGUUUGCUUGUUGAAUGCAUCUGCAUGUGUUAGCCACAGGAGUGUAAUGUGAAAACUGGCCAGUUACCACAUGGGAGCCAGAGUUUCUAGCAAUCGCU